CAGCUGGGCUUGGCCAAAGAUGAAUCAGGACAAUGUCCACAAAGGGUGUCUCCUUUCUGUAGCUCCAUCAAGGACCCUAUAAAAGGACUCGGGUCCUCUGAUCACUCCGCACGGCUUCACAGGAAUCCCACUUGAUCCUGUUGGUGAUUUGGGCUUGCUUGAAUCUGCAGGAAGAUGUCUCCCUUCUUGGACAGCAUUUCCACCAUCAUCCAUGUCUUCCACAAACACGUAAAGGAAGAUGGAGGCUGCUCCAACCUCAGCCAGAGGAAGAUGAGAGAGUUGAUCCAGACAGAGUUUGCAGAUGUUAUAGCGAACCCACAUGACCCUCAGACGAUUUACAAGAUUCUGCAGUUUCUGGACUUGGAUGAUGAUGGGGAAAUAGAUUUUAAUGAGUUCCUGCUUUUGGUGUUCAGAGUGGCUAGGGCCUGCUACUGGUACCGGUUGAAGGCACCGUGCCUUCUGCAAAGAACAAAGCUGACAGCCAGGGAUAAGUCACUCCAAGAACCUGAAGUUAAGAACAGAGGAAGCCAUCGGAAUCAGCAGGAGGAGGAACGAAAAACCUGUGAGAGCAAUCAUCAUCCUCCUGGUGAACAUGAGCUGCAACAAGACACCAGGAUCAAUGAGCUUGGAACUCUAGAGGAAAUGGGGAGUCAUCACCAGCAACGUAACACACGAAGCAGAAAUAAUGCAAAACGAAGCACCGAGCUGGGGGAGCCAGUCCUUCAGGUAUAUGAAGAACGAAGCCAAGAGCCACAAGACCGAUGUAACAGCCAGAGAAGACGUAAGCCAGUGAAGCUGGACAGACAAGGAGAUGUACAACUCCAAAAGCACAGCAACUUUCAGGCACAUCACACCCAACUAGAGGCAGAUGAAAGGCAGAACCAAGAGAGGCCUCAGCCAAAACAAUUGGCAGAAGUGAGGAGUCACAACCAGACAGAUGAACCUCAACCACUGCCAAACCAGCGCAGAAGCCAUGAGCCAAAUGAGCCAUCACUACAAGCCUAUGAUCAGAAGAAACGUCAUCCACAAGAAGCAGAUAGAGUGAGUUACAAUCAGCCACAUAAAGCUGAAUUACUAAUGGAAGAGAGAAGCCGGGACCACCUACGUGAGCCAGAACAAACUGAACUUGAAGACAGGAGCCGACACGGACAUGAGCUUCAAUUCCUGGACUCAAGAUGCCUGCAUCAGUCAUACAUUCAGGAACCAACAGAGAUUGAUCUGAGGUACAAUAAGACCUGUGAGCUAGAAAGAGACAUCUAUGAAGAAAGGAGAAACCAGGAAUAUCAGCUAAAAAAUGUGAGACAGAUUCAGCAGACUCGUGAGACUGAACAAGAUCAUGGAAGGAGGGAAGAACCCAAGGGGAAGAGGAGGAAUGAUCAGCAACGGGAGCUGGAACUGGAACUCUAUGUGUACCACAACCACCAGACAAGAGAAAGGGAAGAGCGAGGUGCCACCAGAGGCCAGAGAGAGGCACAUGAGAGACGUGACCAUCAAACGUAUGAGACCAAAGACAAAGGAAGGAGACCACGUGAGUCAGUGCAGUAUGAAAGAACACAGGACACCGCAUUGGUGACAGCAGAGGCAGGUGUGAAGAUCCACCACGUCUCCAGGGAACUGGAGCCACGUGAGGAUGGGGAAAGGAGAGACCAUCCCCGUGAGUGCCGAGAGUCAGAGGAUGAGAGGAAGAAUGGCCCCGAAAGACAGAGGGAAGAGCCCAAGCGGGAGAGGAGGAUCGAUCACCAAAGGGAGCGAGAGUUGGAAGUCUAUGAGCGCCACAGCCGCCAGACACGAGAGAGGGAAGAGCGAGGUGCCACCAGAGACCGGAGAGAGGUACACGAGAGGCGUGACCGUCAAACGUAUGAGACCGAAGACAAUGGAAGGAGACCUCAUGAGUCAGUGCAGUAUGAAAGAACAUGGGAGAGCGCAGUAGUGGCAGCAGAAGCAGAUGUGAAGUUCAGGGAACUGGAGCCAUGUGAGAACCUGGAAAGGAGGGACCAUCCCCGUGAGCGCCAAGAGCCAGAGGACGAGAGGAGGAUUGGCCCCAAAAGACAGAGGGAAGAGCCCAAGUGGGAGAGGAGGAUCGAUCACCAAAGGGAGCUGGAACUGGAAGUCUAUGAGCGCCGCAGCCACCAGACACAAGAGAGGGAAGAGCGAGGUGCCACCACAGACCAGAGAGAGGCACACGAGAGACGUGACCAUCAAACGUAUGAGACCGAAGACAAUGUAAGUGGACCACGUGAGUUGGUGAGGUACGAAAGAGGACAGGAGAGCUCGGUGGUGGCAGCAGAAGCAGAUGUGAAGAUCCACCGUGUGUCCAGGGAACUGGAGCCACGUGAGGAUGGGGAAAGGAGAGACCAUCCCCGUGAGUGCCAAGAGUCAGAGGACGAGAGGAGGAUUGGCCCUGAAAGACAGAGGGAAGAGCCCAAGCGGGAGAGAAGGACCGAUCGGCAACGGGAGCUGGAACUGGAAGUCUAUGAGCACCUCAGCCACCAGACUCGAGAGAGGGAAGAGCGAGGUGCCACCAGAGGCCAGAGAGAGGCACACAAGAGACGUGACCAUCAAACAUAUGAGACCAAAGACAAUGGAAGGAGACCACGUGGGUCAGUGCAGUAUGAAAGAACAUGGGAGAGCACAGCAGUGGCAGCAGAAGCAGAUGUGAAGUUCAGGGAACUGGAGCCAUGUGAGAACCUGGAAAGGAGGGAACAUCCCCGUGAGCGCCAAGAGCCAGUGGACGAGAGGAGGAUUUGCCGAGAAAGGCAGAGGGAAGAGCCCAAGUGGGAGAGGAGGAUCGAUCACCAAAGGGAGCUGGAACUGGAAGUCUAUGAGCGCCGCAGCCGCCAGACACAAGAGAGGGAAGAGCGAGGUGCCACCACAGACCAGAGAGAGGCACACGAGAGACGUGACCAUCAAACGUAUGAGACCGAAGACAAUGUAAGUGGACCACGUGAGUUGGUGAGGUACGAAAGAGGACAGGAGAGCUCGGUGGUGGCAGCAGAAGCAGAUGUGAAGAUCCACCGUGUGUCCAGGGAACUGGAGCCACGUGAGGAUGGGGAAAGGAGAGACCAUCCCCGUGAGUGCCAAGAGUCAGAGGACGAGAGGAGGAUUGGCCCUGAAAGACAGAGGGAAGAGCCCAAGCGGGAGAGAAGGACCGAUCGGCAACGGGAGCUGGAACUGGAAGUCUAUGAGCACCUCAGCCACCAGACUCGAGAGAGGGAAGAGCGAGGUGCCACCAGAGGCCAGAGAGAGGCACACAAGAGACGUGACCAUCAAACAUAUGAGACCAAAGACAAUGGAAGGAGACCACGUGGGUCAGUGCAGUAUGAAAGAACAUGGGAGAGCACAGCAGUGGCAGCAGAAGCAGAUGUGAAGUUCAGGGAACUGGAGCCAUGUGAGAACCUGGAAAGGAGGGAACAUCCCCGUGAGCGCCAAGAGCCAGUGGACGAGAGGAGGAUUUGCCGAGAAAGGCAGAGGGAAGAGCCCAAGUGGGAGAGGAGGAUCGACCACCAAAGGGAGCUGGAACUGGAAGUCUAUGAGCGCCGCAGCCGCCAGACACAAGAGAGGGAAGAGCGAGGUGCCACCACAGACCAGAGAGAGGCACACGAGAGACGUGACCAUCAAACGUAUGAGACCAAAGACAAUGGAAGGAGACCACGUGAGUCAGUGCAGUAUGAAAGAACACGGGACACCGCAUUGGUGGCAGCAGAGGCAGGUGUGAAGAUCCACCACGUCUCCAGGGAACUGGAGCCACGUGAGGAUGGGGAAAGGAGAGACCAUCCCCGUGAGUGCCGAGAGUCAGAGGACGAGAGGAGGAUUGGUCCCGAAAGACAGAGGGACGAGCCCAAGCGGGAGAGGAGGAUCGAUCACCAAAGGGAGCGAGAGUUGGAAGUCUAUGAGUGCCGCAGCUGCCAGACACGAGAGAGGGAAGAGCGAGCUGCCACCAGAGGCCAGAGAGAAGCACACGAGAGACGUGACCAUCAAACGUAUGAGACCAAAGACAAUGGAAGGAGACCACAUGAGUCAGUGCAGUAUGAAAGAACAUGGGAGAGCGCAGUAGUGGCAGCAGAAGCAGAUGUGAAGUUCAGGGAACUGGAGCCAUGUGAGAACCUGGAAAGGAGGGAACAUCCCCGUGAGCGCCAAGAGCCAGUGGACGAGAGGAGGAUUUGCCGAGAAAGGCAGAGGGAAGAGCCCAAGUGGGAGAGGAGGAUCGACCACCAAAGGGAGCUGGAACUGGAAGUCUAUGAGCGCCGCAGCCGCCAGACACAAGAGAGGGAAGAGCGAGGUGCCACCACAGACCAGAGAGAGGCACACGAGAGACGUGACCGUCAAACGUAUGAGACCAAAGACAAUGGAAGGAGACCACGUGAGUCAGUGGAGUAUGAAAGAACACAGGACACCGCAUUGGUGGCAGCAGAAGCAGAUGUGAAGAUCCACCGUGUGUCCAGGGAACUGGAGCCACGUGAGGAUGGGGAAAGGAGAGACCAUCCCCGUGAGUGCCGAGAGUCAGAGGACGAGAGGAGGAUUGGCCCCAAAAGACAGAGGGAAGAGCCCAAGCGGGAGAGGAGGAUCGAUCACCAAAGAGAGCGAGAGUUGGAAGUCUAUGAGCGCCACAGCCACCAGACACAAGAGAGGGAAGAGCGAGGUGCCACCACAGACCAGAGAGCGGUACACGAGAGACGUGACCGUCAAACGUAUGAGACCGAAGACAAUGUAAGGGGACCACGUGAGUUGGUGAGGUACGAAAGAAGACAGGAGAGCUCGGUGGUGGCAGCAGAAGCAGAUGUGAAGAUCCAUCGUGUGUCCAGGGAACUGGAGCCACGUGAGGAUGGGGAAAGGAGAGACCAUCCCCGUGAGUGCCGAGAGUCAGAGGACGAGAGGAGGAUUGGCCCCGAAAGACAGAGGGAAGAGCCCAAGCAGGAGAGAAGGAUCGAUCGGCAACGGGAGCUGGAACUGGAAGUCUAUGAGGAUCUCAGCCACCAGACACGAGAGAGGGAAGAGCGAGGUGCCACCACAGACCAGAGAGAGGCACACGAGAGACGUGACCGUCAAAUGUAUGAGACCGAAGACAAUGGAAGGAGACCUCAUGAGUCAGUGCAGUAUGAAAGAACACGGGAGAGCGCAGUAGUGGCAGCAGAAGCAGAUGUGAAGAUCCACUGUGUGUCCAGGGAACUGGAGCCACAUGAGGAUGGGGAAAGGAGAGACCAUCCCCGUGAGUGCCGAGAGUCAGAGGACGAGAGGAGGAUUGGCCCCAAAAGACAGAGGGAAGAGCCCAAGCGGGAGAGGAGGAUCGAUCACCAAAGGGAGCGAGAGUUGAAAGUCUAUGACUGCCGCAGCCGCCAGACUCGAGAGAGGGAAGAGCGAGGUGCCCCCAGAGACCAGAGAGAGGCACGCGAGAGACGUGACCGUCAAACGUUUGAGACCGAAGACAAUGGAAGGAGACCUCAUGAGUCAGUGCAGUAUGAAAGAACACAGGACACCGCAUUGGUGGCAGCAGAGGCAGGUGUGAAGAUCCACUGUGUGUCCAGGGAACUGGAGCCACAUGAGGAUGGGGAAAGGAGAGACCAUCCCCGUGAGUGCCGAGAGUCAGAGGACGAGAGGAGGAUUGGCCCAGAAAGAGAAAGGAAUGAUCCCAAGCAGGAGAAGAGGAUCAAACACCAGCAGCACAUGGUGGUCUUUUAGGAUCAGUUCUGCUAUCUGUUUUCCUCCUAGGUUUUUACUGUGUAUGACAGAGAGGUGUUCAAUGUAUAAGUUUUAAGGGGUUCUCUUUUAGGCUGUUAAGUGAGUUUUGGAUUUUCCAUCUAACAGCAGCUAUGUAGGUAGAGAUUUACCCUAAGAUCUCAAGCUUCUACCUUCCUUCAUUAUGUCUGUCUACCUUAAUGUAUUAUUUAGUCACAUCUCUGCUCUACUUGGUUUCUUUGGGACUCUCUGGCCUUUAUGUCCCUGUCAUCCUUUCUACCCUGUGGCAUGACUGUCCUGUUCUCAUGUGUCCCAUGUCCUGUGCCUGGCUCUCACGAUAGCUUCUGUUGUGCAUUGCAAACAAACAAACAAAAACCCAACAAAAACAACAAAACAAAACAAAAACACACACACACACACACACACAAACAAUCAAACAAUCAACAAAAAC